AUGGCAAAACUAGAAGCAGAAGAUCACAGAGAAGCACUAUUUCAGUCUUCUUUAUCCCCCUUGACAAAAGUAAUGGAGGUAUCACAGCAAAGCAACCCUAAAGGUACCUUGGAUGGGAAUACUGUGGACCCAAUUUGCAAAUAUGUUUUGAAUGAUUUACCAAGGGAGUUUAUGUCAUCCCAGGCAAAAGCAGUUAUUAAAACUACUGACGAUUAUUUGCAGCCUCAGUUUGGCCCCAACAGCCUUUUGCAUUCAGUAGCAGUAUCAGAAGGGUCAGGGCUUCAAGAUUGCUCCACACAUCAAACAGCAUCAGAUCACAGCCAUGAUGAAAUACCAGGCCUAGAUAGCUACAAAUCAAACAGCAAAAACAAUUCUUGGUUUAUAUCAGCAUCCAAGAGAAACAGACCUGUCAGUGCUCCAGUGGGUCAACUGAGGGUUACAGAGUUCUCUCCUUUAAAAUUUCAGUUGGCCCAGAAUUGGCAUAGACUGUCUCAAAGACACAAGCUUCAACCAAGAGUGAUUAAAGUAACAGCUUACAAAAAUGGAUCUAGAACAGUCUUUGCCAAAGUUACUGUACCAACCAUCACCUUGUUGCUGAAGGAGUGCACAGAAAAGCUGAAUCUGAACAUGGCCGCAAGACGAGUGUUCUUGGCAGACGGCAAGGAAGCCCUCGAACCUAAAGAUAUACCCUGUGAAGCCGAUGUUUAUGUUUCAACGGGAGAGCCUUUUUUAGAUCCGUUCAAAAAAAUUAAAGACCAUCUGUUGUUAAUGAAGAAAGUAACUUGGACAAUGAAUGGGUUGAUGCUUCCUACUGAUGUCAAAAGACGGAAAACCAAGCCUGUUCUUUCUACUAGAAUGAAGAAACUUGCUGAGAGGACUUCAGUCCGAAUUCUGUUCUUUAAAAAUGGCAUGGGGCAGGAUGGGCAUGAGAUUACAGUGGGAAAGGAAACAAUGAAAAAGGUUUUAGAUACUUGUACAAUGAGAAUGAAUCUAAAUUCGCCAGCCAGAUAUCUUUAUGAUUUGUAUGGGAGAAAAAUUGAAGAUAUUUCAAAAGCCACAGACGAAACUCCAGUUUCUUCUCCUGAUACUUCUCUCUCCUAUUUUGGAAUUUGCUUUUCAAGCAUCUUCAGUAAAGGUUUCAGUUCCUAUUUCCUGCAGUAA